CUUACAUUUAUUAUGAUGACCUAUAAAAUUGCAUAAAGUUACAGCAAUAAAAAGGUAGGAAAUAAAUACUUUGUUCUACAUAUCAUAUUAUUUGAUCUAGAGAAAGAAAGAAAAAGAAAGAAAUAUCCUAAAUCUGGUGUUAAAUAAAUUUGCAGGAAUUAAAUUCCUAUGCAAUGGUACCUCGGUCCUCGACCACCCCUGUGUUCGAAUUUUCGGUAUUUGAUUUGAAUUUUUUGAGUCAAUUUGUCCUCGGUGUUUCAUACAGUAUUGCAACGUAUAUCAACAUUUCGAACCAAAUUCGAACGAAUGUUAAUGUGAACUGUAUUUUUGACACAAAUUUUUACUUUUCGAAAAUAUUUUUCUGUGUUCGACCCGACCUGAAAAGAGCUAUUUUGACCGCACACGCUUUCCAUGCGGCAUUCCCCACUGUAGACAAUAGAAAUGAAGCAGUUUACACGGGUCAUCUGUUCUGAAAGCAUCUGUGAGUGUUUGUGUUAUAACCCCAUCUUUUGUGGUAUAAUUUCAGUAGCCAUGUCUCUGAUUUUUUUGGUUUUCGACCAAAUUGGUAUUCGACCAGACUUUUGGAACAAACUAAGGUCAAACACAGAGGUACCACUGUAUAUAUUAAAACUUGUGGUUUUUGACCUACGGUCAUUUGAUUGCUUACAGAGGAAUGAAGCUUCCAGUUUUUCUAUAAUUUAACUACAAUUUGUAUGUUUUGUAUUGUGCAUUGUAACAUUUAUGCACAAUGAAAAAUAUUUUCCAAAAUUUAUAACUUAAAUGUUCAUUCUGAGCGAUGUGUCUUGCUGUUUUUGAAAAUGUUAUCUUCAGCUAUUUUGAUUCUUUCUAUUUUACAGAUUCAAACAGCAUCAUGAAUUCAGUCAUUUUUGCAAAUGCUACUAAAUAUAAAAACUCAUCGCUCCCAACAAAGCCUCCAGGAUACUGUACAGAUGUGACCUGCAUUUCACUGGCAACAGCCAAUUCGAUUAUUAUGGUUCUUGGUAUCAUUGGAAAUGGUUUGGUGAUCUGGAUCGCAGGGUUUAAGAUUAAGAAAACAAUCAACACUGUCUGGUACAUCAGCCUCGCUGUGUCUGACUUCCUCUUCUGUGCCUUCCUGCCCUUGUCCAUUGUCUGUUGUUAAAAAUAAUUGGAUUUUUGGGAGCUUCCAGACUUUUCUGCCAUGGACUCAAAACUCCAUCAUGUACAUUUACUAACAUAUUCCCAGUCACUCUCCCACUGAUCACACAAUGGACCCAAUCAUCACUCACCAUCAACAUAACUCAGUCAAAGCAAGUACCAUUUGUGACUUCAACUUGUGAUCUUCAUUUAUUAAGCCUUUGACUGUCUCCUUCACUGUUUGACUGCUGAUGUCAGAUCAGAUGUCACUCCUAAUAUGACCUACACCUACAGUACACAUUCAGGAUUUCUCUUGGUAUUUUCUCUUGAUAAUUUCUGAUAUUUUUUUUCCUUGAGCAACAGAAUAGAUCCUUGAAGUCCAGAAGACAUCUUUUCCAGUUAUCCCACCUGCCCCCUGAAUCUCAUCAUUUUUACAGUGCACUAGGUCAUCCACAGUCUAACAGAUUAUGUCUUGCUAUCUCAUCCAGAACAACCUCCAAGCAUUAGUGAAUUGCUUUUCAUUCAGAGAUGAUGCAGCCCCAUGUCAUGAUCUUGUGAUCUCCUUGGACAACUACCAGAGCUCACCAUCAGUCACUGCACACAACCUUGGAGAAGCCAUAGACAAUCUAUUGUCCUUCUCCUCUCACAUUGCUAAACUAACAUGCUCAUGUUGAUUUCUACUUUACAACAUCAGAACAAUUUAUCCAUUUCUAUCCACAGAGACCACUCAGGUGUUUGUUACUGAGUUCUCACUUACCACACCACUGCUACAUUCUUUCCACUUGCUUCCUGUAGCUGAAUGCAUGAGAUGUAAACACUGAUGCUUGUACUUAUCACACCCUACACUGCACCACUCACCAUCUGAUCCUCUAGUGCUGAUCAGUUGGACCUACCAUCUCUCAUGGUAUAAAGAAGGCAUGCAUCUUCUCUGUUCUGGAUCCAAGGAGGUGGAAUGAACUUCUUCUAAUUGUCCAAACUGCUAAGCUACUUGCUGCCUUUAAACGACAUCUGAAGAUCCUUUGGAAACUCCUGAUUUUGAUUACUAAUUUUAGUUCUGGUGAAAUAAAGGUUUAUUUUUUUUGACUGAUUAAGUCUGCAGUAAAAAAAAGUCCUUCUUCUUAUGUUGCCCUAGCACUGCAACCACAAACCACAGUGGGCUGCUGCUUAAAUUGUGUUGCCAGCGAACAGAGAAACAUACUGAUGUGAACAUACUGAUGUGUGAAUUGCAGCUCACACUUGUUUUCUUAGAACGGCAACCACCACCAUAAAACUGAACAAUCCAAAAAUCAAAUUUGUGAAGAAUUAAGAAGAAUUUUAAGGAUUCAAACAGCAUCAUGAAUUCAGUCAUUUUUGCAAAUGCUACUGAAUAUAAAAACUCAUCGCUCCCAACAAAGCCUCCAGGAUACUGUACAGAUGUGACCUGCAUUUCUAUGGCAACAGCCAAUUCGAUUAUUAUGGUUCUUGGUAUCACUGGAAAUGGUUUGGUGAUCUGGAUCGUAGGGUUUAAGAUUAAGAAAACAGUCAAUACUGUCUGGUAUGUCAGCCUCGCUGUGUCUGACUUCCUCUUCUGUGCCUUCCUGCCCUUGUCCAUUGUCUAUGUUGUUAAAAAUAAUUGGAUUUUUGGGAGCUUCAUGUGCAAGUUUUUGCCCUUCUUUUUGUUCUUUAACUGGUUCAGCAGCAUCUUUCUACUCAUCAUCAUCAGUGUGGAUCGCUGUGUUGUGGUGAUGUUUCCUGUAUGGGCGCAAAACAAGCGCACCAUACGGAGGGCCUUGGUGAUUGUUCUAUUAAUCUGGAUGAUCUCACCAUUGCUUAGCCUGCCACUGACCAAUGUUUAUGAUAUAAAAAUAGAAAACCCAAAUAAAUACUGUAUCCCCACAUACACAGACAAGAAACAAUCUGCUGUACAGAUGUGCCUAUUCAUUUUUGGAUUUGGGAUCCCCUUUCUGAUCAUCAUCAUCUGUUAUGUCCUCAUCAUCCGAAAACUGAAAAAAGACCAGAUUACAAAGACCAAUAAGCCAUUUAAGGUCAUGACAGCACUGAUACUGGCUUUAUUCAUAUGCUGGAUGCCCUAUCACGUUAUUAAUUUUUUGGAACCAAAUCUAAAAUUUGCCGGUGUCGGACGGAAAAUCGGAAUCACUCUUGCAGGCGCCAACAGCUUUAUGAACCCAAUGCUAUAUGCUUUCAUGGCAAAGGACUUUAAGAGGAAAAUGUCAUGCAUUUCAAUCAGGAAGGCCGGAAUACACUCAGAGAGAUGUACUGCUAAUCCAGGAGAAAACAAAGCUUUUUAAAAUAUUGUUGAUCAGGCUUUCAAAGAAUUUAAGAUCUUAUUUUAACUAAAGAAUAAUAUUUUAGAAAAAAAAGGGGGGAGUGGGUUAUAGCUGUAUGAUUUUGUUUCUUUUACAUUAACAAUGAAAUACUCUGUACAUAUGGCAGCAUGAUUGUGGGUGAAAUAGUGUGUGUAGAGUUUAUGUAGUUAAAUGAUCUGGCUAAUUAAUUCUAUAGUAAAAAAUAUUCCCAACUCCAUUUGCCAAUGCACAUCACACCCUACAGACUUUUCUGCCAGGGACUCGAAAUUCCAUCAUGUACAUUCACUAACAUAUUCCCAAUCACUCUCCCACUGAUCACACAAUGGACCCAAUCAUCACUGACCAUCAACAUAAGUGCUCACAUUGAACUCAAAGUCAAAGCAAGUACCAUUUGUGACUUCAACUUGUGAUCUUCAUUUAUUAAGCCUAUGACUGUUUUGUUGAUUCAGAUUGUUGAUUUUUUUGCCUCAUAUUUUGGAAUUAUUUCUCUGCCUGCUUCCUCUAAAAAAGCACCACUUGCAACUGUGUCUGUUUUUUUUUUAAUUACAGCAGAACAACAAAUAUAAUGUAACAGAAAUAUGAAACACAAUACCAAGUGCAACUUAUACAUCCAUUAUGCAAGCAGCCAGUCAUGUGGCUGUCAGCAUAAAGCACUGGGUUAUGUGGACAAAAGUUAAUAAAUAUAUGAAUGAAUAUAUUAAUAAUUUAUGAAUAAAUGCUAAUUAAAUAAAUUAGAUUAAUUAAUUACAAAAGAAGUGAGAAGGAAAAAAGGGAAAUGAAGGAAGGAGCGUAACAAUUACAUACAUGUUUAACAUGUAAUUCUUGUAAAAACAUAUUAUCUGAGUUAAAGAGAUGAUUAAUCUUUACAUGUGGUAUAAAUAGUACACUUGAAUUAUACUGAGAUAUUGUAAUGUGUGUGGUUUCUGCCCCAAGUAUCUGAUAUCAACUGACAUGAAUUAAGAAAGGAUUCCAGAUAUUGUUGUAUUAUUCUAUGUUGCUGUGAGCAUGAAUGUUAUUUUCUCUAAUGAAAUAAAUUCUCAUAAUAGAUUAAUCCAGUGAAUGAUGUGUACAGAUUUCCAAGUAUCAUUUUCAUGCCAAUAGCUUGGGAGAUGAGAAGUGGGUUUCUAUAUUUAAAUAGGAGAGAAUCAGCUUCUGUAAUAUUACCAGGCAGAUAUGAGGGAGAUGAUGGAAUUCAUAAUAACCAAAAUAAUAGAGAUUUUCCCUCUCACUGCUGUCCACAAUGAAUAAACUGGUUGGCUAACCCAAAUGGCGUGAUGAUAAUCAUCAGUGCUGCCCAAGGUGCAUGUGAAUAAGUGUAUAUAUCAUUGAAACUAAUUUAAAAUCAUUUUCUUUGGGCAAUAUGAGUCCUGUAAAUGAUCUCCUGUGAAAGUUGCAGAUUUGUAUUGUUAGUCAUAGACAAAAUAGUAUUACAGAUUUCUGUCCAGGAGUUAUGGAAGAUGGCCAGAUAAUUUUCCCAUUUAGUCAUUGGUAAUGUUAUUGUUGUAUCAAUAUUUGCUAUAAGUUAAUAAAGUUUUGAAGUUAGUUUCUUUAAGCAUGACAUUUUCAUUACCUCCUCCACUGGGAACUCCAGGGACUACAGCUGGGUACUGCCAAACCAUUCUCCAAUAGGUAAUUUACUUUUUAGCACGUCACAGACCUCUUACCCACAUUUACACGUGUUACUUAAUAAGAUGAGCACCAUUCCCAUUAAUAUCAUGCUGUAGGACAGUGGUUAGUUUAGGGACAUCACUGAACAGACAAAGAAAAUCCGAAAUUAACUGGACAAUAUCAAACCUCUGUUCCUUAGACUAGACAAAUGACUGUGAUAUGAUGAAAGAUCUUUUAAUAUCUCUGAGUUUUCUAGACUUGCACACUGUUGAGGAGCAUAGGAGCACUACCUCAUCCUUGUCAGCACCCGAGACACCAGGAGAAGGUGCCACGUUGGCUAGCAAUCUGAUCCAGAGUGUGUACCAGUGGCUUCUUUCUAAUAUGGUAAGCCUUUUACACGUUUAUGUGGCAAACCCAAGUCUGGUGUUUCCUGUCAGGGAUGUGAAUCACAUAAUCCAUCCCACUCUGGGCCAUAGACAGAGCGGAUAAAGCUGACCAUGAACCGGGUAAAAGCAGAAAUACUUCAUUAUCAGACAGAAUAGUUUGUACCACCACUUUCUGGUCAAAUUGCCUCUUCAUGCCUUCCUGUGCUGUGGCCAGUGACUCUUUAGCAAGAGAACAAGCACUUUGCAGAUGAUCUUGGAACUUAUUGACGUAAUUUAAUACAUUACUCUUAGGGCUUGUUUCAACCGCCAGUAUUGAGAAGUUU